GGAGGCCAGCAGGAUCCUUCCAGUGCAAGCAAAUCCUGCCGGACAAAAAUCCUACCUCAGCUGAAAAGAUGUCCUUCGAGGGUGCCAGACUCAGCAUGAGGAACAGAAGGAACGGCCUGCUGGACAGUACCCGGACCCUGUACUCCAGCACGUCCCGCAGCACGGACGUGUCCUACAGCGAAAGCGACUUGGUGAAUUUUAUUCAAGCAAAUUUUAAGAAACGGGAAUGUGUCUUCUUUACCAAAGAUUCCAAAGCCACGGAAAACGUGUGUAAGUGUGGCUACACCCAGAGCCAGCACGUGGAAGGCACCCAGAUCAACCCAAAUGAGAAAUGGAAUUACAAGAAACACACCAAGGAAUUUCCAACGGACGCCUUUGGGGAUAUUCAGUUUGAGACUCUGGGGAAGAAAGGAAAGUAUAUCCGGUUGUCCUGCGACACGGACGCGGAGACCCUCUAUGAGCUGCUGACCCAGCACUGGCACCUGAGAACGCCCAACCUUGUCAUUUCCGUGACCGGAGGGGCCAAGAACUUCGCCUUGAAGCCGCGCAUGCGCAAGAUCUUCAGCCGCCUCAUCUACAUCGCGCAGUCGAAAGGUGCUUGGAUUCUCACUGGAGGCACCCAUUAUGGCCUGAUGAAGUACAUCGGGGAGGUGGUGAGAGACAACACCAUCAGCAGGAAUUCAGAGGAGAACAUCGUAGCCAUUGGCAUAGCGGCUUGGGGCAUGGUCUCCAACAGGGACACCCUCCUCAGGAAUUGCGACGCUGAGGGAUAUUUUUCAGCUCAGUACAUAAUGGAUGACUUCAAGAGAGAUCCUCUGUAUAUCCUGGACAACAAUCACACCCAUCUGUUACUCGUGGACAAUGGCUGCCACGGACAUCCUACGGUUGAGGCAAAACUGCGGAAUCAGCUGGAGAAGUACAUCUCUGAGCGCACUAUUCAAGGUCAGGAUUUAGAAAGUGGACUUUAUGUGGAACCAUAA